AUGGAGCCUGCAGGCCACCGCCGCGCGCAGUCCGACGCUGACGCCGUCUUCACCGUCGCGGACUGGGCGCACGAGCGCUUGCGCUCGUUUAACAUUCGGAAAACCGGCGGGGCGGAAGGGGCGGCUUCCGCAGGUGGCACAUUUUCCAUCACAAGCGGCGCAGCUUCCGUGGCGGACGCUCCCCAUGCGCCCAGCCCGCGCGGGCGCAAGGUCUCGAUCGCCGCUUUCGCAGGUUCCGCGAACGCAGCAGCGGGGGGGAGACCGCAUCCAGCGCGCAGCCCUUCCGCGCGCGCGCGCCGAGCGAGCAUGGAUGCGACGGAUCUUAGGGGAGCUUUCUUGAGUGGGGGGAUGGCCAUCGGCAAGAGCGAUGGGAGAGUGAAGGGAGAACCAAAGGGAGAGGAGGAAAAAUUAUCGGAGAAGCAGCAGGAGAAGCAAGAGGAGAGGCCGAAACAGCAACAGAAGCAAGAAGAGAAGCAGCAGCAGAAGCAGCCAGGGCGGCAGAAGAAGCUCGUUCAAGCGAGUUUUGUGGAGCGACCAAGUGGCAGUGGAGAAGCGGUUGAUUCCAGUGGCAGUGUUACUAGUACUAGCCUUGGCGGGAAGGAGCAGCUGUUGCUGCGCGGAUCAAAGAACGCCAACCAAUGGCGCUCCACCAUCGAGCGGCGCUCGCCCCGCGCUGGCGGGCUUGUGUCUCCGCGUGUGGCGGCUGCUCCGCGAGCGGAAUUUGAGGCAGGGAUUCGAUGCGCAGGCGAAGCGGGUGUUGCGGAGAGAGGGAGCGUGGCGAGGGAAGACAGGAGGGACGAGAGGAGAAACGAGAAGGGUGAGGAGAAGGGGGGAGAGAAGAACGAGGCAUGGGGGGUGCGGAAGAGUCCUAGGGGGACGAAGGCGGAGAGGAAUUUUAAAGAGAAAGGAGUUAGACGGGACAGGGAGGACAGGCGGACGAGGGUAGAGGGGGACGGUGCUGGGAGGGAGACAAUGAAGGAGAGAGUGGCGGAGGGAGGGUGGGAGGAGAGGAGGAAGGAGAGGAGGGAGGAUAGAAGAGAGGAAGGAACAGAGGAAGGGAGGGUAGAAGAGAGAGAGGAAAAGAGGGCUGGAGCAAUGGAGGAACGGGUGGAUGAGGAAGGGGAGGAACGGAAUGAGGACGAACGAAGGCUCUCGCUCACCUCUGAUUGGCUGGGAUCUCCCCACGCGCAAGCCGCUCACCUUUCGCCAUCCCUCCUCUCCCAAUCCUUCCCUUUCCACCCUCCAGCUCCCCAGUCGCACUCCCACCCUCUCGCUCCCCCGUCUCCCUUCUCCUUCCCGCUCUCCCCAGCAUCUCCCUCGCUGCUGAUGCGCAAAGUGUGGGAGGCAGAGAGGGCAUGUGAUAGCGGGGGUUCUCAUGGGGACCUGUAUGGGCUGGUCACGCCUCAUGCUGACGACUUGCACGAGUCUUGGCCUGCCGCUGCUGCUUCUGCUGCUGCUGCUGGGGGAAUCAAGGCGUGUCAGGGAGAAUCGUUGUCUGCUGCUGCAGGAGGUAGCGAUGGGAGUGCGGCCAGUUUUGAGGCGUCGCAUAGCUCUCAAAGUUUACACGAUGGGAAGGGGGCGAGUUAUGUGGCAGAAGAAAGAAUCAAAGGGGCGAAGGAAGAAGAGCAGAAGGAUGAGGGAGAGGAGGACGGGGAUGAGUCUUUACCUGUGUGUAAGCCCUUGGGGAGUGAUGGGACGAAAAACGGGGUGAUAGGUUUUCGGCAGCAGCAGCAGACACAACAGCAGGCACAGCAGCAGGAGCAGUAUCAGCAGCAGCAGCAGCCACAGAAGCAGAAGAUUGUGCAGCAGAUUCAGCACUUACAGAUGCAGCAGAGCUCUCAAAACUUAAACGAUGGGAGGGAGUUGAGUUGUGUGGCAGAAGAACGAAGCGAGGGGGCGAAGGAAGAAGAGCAGAAGGAUGAGGGAGAGGAGGACGGGGAUGAGUCUUUACCUGUGUCAUCCACCCUCCUCUGA